UCUCUCUCUCUCUCUCUCUCUCUCUCUCUCUAUUUUACUUUUUUCUUCCUUUGUUUUAUUACAUGUGAACUUAGUGUAGUUUGAAGUAACAAAAGACCAUUUUCUUUUGCUUCUCGAUUCAAUCUUUCAGGUUUUUGUAAAGGUAAUAAAAGGAAAUAAUGUCCAAAAAGGUGGGAGCAGUGGGUGGAUACUUGGGAGAAGCAUUCGAUGAUGGUGUUUUCGAUGGUGUGAAGAAAAUAGUUGUGUCAGUAGAGGGAGGUCUUUUUAACUGUAUAUCAAUGAUCAAGAUCGAAUAUGAAAAGGAUGGGAAACUUGAAUCCCGUCAACAUGGAACAAUUCGUGGGGAAUUAAAAGAGUUUUCAGUGGAUUAUCCGAAUGAAUAUAUCACAUCUGUUGGUGGAAGCUAUGAUAGUGUUCGAUACUAUGAAGUACCGCUGAUCAAAUCACUAAUCUUUAAAACCAACACUGGAAGAACAUCUCCAAUACUCGGUGGAACAACAGAAUCUGGACAACCAGCUGGGACAGAAUUCACCUUGGAGGGCAAAUAUGGAGAAAAGCUUAUUGGUUUCUUUGGACGUGCUGGUCAAGCUCUUGAUGCCAUUGGAGCUAACUUCGGACCGCUAGGUGGUAACAAGGGAAACACAUUUGACGAUGGUUUUCUCGAUGGUGUGAAAACCUUGACUGUUGGAGCGGAUGAGUACAGUGUAACUUAUAUCAAGAUCGAAUACGAAAAUAAUGGAAAAGAUGAAGUCCGUGAACACGGGACAAACAGGGGAGAGCUACAAGAGUUUUCAGUGAACUAUCCAGAAGACAGUAUUGUAGCCGUCGGUGGAACCUACAAUCAUAUUUUCAACUAUGAUACAACGCUUAUCACAUCUUUGUACUUCACCACCUCCAAGGGCUUUACCUCUCCAUUAUUUGGUGUGGCGAAGGGAAAAGAAUUCGAGCUCCAAGGUGAAAAUGGAGAAAAGCUUCGUGGAAUAUAUGGACGUGCUGGUACUGCCAUCGAUGCCAUUGGGGCUCACUUCGGACCGCUUGGGGGUAACAAGGGAAACACAUUCGACGAUGGUGUUUUUGAUGGUUUGAAGAAAAUAACUGUUGGAGCAGAUGAGUACAGUAUAACUUAUAUCAAGAUCGAAUACCAAAAGGAUGCAAAAGUCAUAGUUCGUGAACAUGGGACGAAUCGCGGGGAGCUAAAAGAGUUCACGGUGAACUAUCCGGGAGACAAUAUUGUAGCUGUUGGUGGAAGCUACAAUCAUAUUUUCAACUAUGAUACAACUCUUAUCACAUCUUUGUACUUCACCACCUCCAAGGGCUUUACCUCUCCAUUAUUUGGUGUAGCUAAGGGAAAAGAUUUCGAACUCAAAGGUGAAAAUGGAGGAAAGCUUCUUGGAAUUUAUGGACGUGGUGGUACUGCCAUCGAUGCCAUUGGGGCUCACUUCGAGACUGGUUCUGGUUAAAAAAUCGCCGGGUUCGACGGAAAAGCUGGUGAUUAGUUUCAUCAGAUCGGAGUUCUUUAUCGCCAAUUACAGGCUUGCCAUUUAAAAUCCUUUUUCUUUGAUUACAUAAAAUAAGGCCAUCCGAAGUCUGUUUUUACCAUGUUUGUGUGUGUAUGUGUGUCAUUGAAAUAAAUGUGAAUUUCAUUAUUUGAUAAUGUAAGGUUAAUACAAAAAAGUCUUGAAACCA